UCGGACGAGCCGUGUUUCACGAAGGUGGUUCCUACAGCGGGAGGGGGGAAGCGGCCUCUGCUCAUUAACGCCCAGCGGGAAGAGGACGGCUUUCGAGCGGCGGAGCCCGUGUGUUUGCUACACGAGCAGAGCGCGCGCUGUUUUGCCCGGUCUUCGGAUAGGAGCGGCGCGCGCUGCCCGCGGUGGAGCGCAGCAAGGAGCGUGGUUCCACGACUCGCCAUCUCCAGGCUUACGUUUCGGGGACACGUGAAUGGAUGCUAGCUUCAAACAACAACAAGGGCAGGUUUUGCGCGAACCCCACCGAGCAGACCUGGCGCUGUGGGGGGAAAUGUGAGCCCACGCGGCCGGCUGUAGUAGACGCAGAGCUGCCACAAAAGAUUCGCGGCGGGUUACUCAGAGCGGAGGAGCGCGCGACCGCUUCCUUCGCUCCCACAGCCGAGAAGAUGCAGCUCCGCACGGUGCUCGACGUCAAAGUUGUGGAUGUGGAGAAGAGGCGCAGCCCGUCCAAACAUUAUGUGUAUCUAAUCAACGUCACAUAUUCUGACUCCACGUCCCAUAUCAUCUACAGGAGAUACAGUAAAUUCUUUGAUCUCCAGAUGCAGAUUCUCGACAAGUUCCCAGUGGAGGGAGGGCAAAAGGACCCAAAAAAGCGAAUCAUCCCGUUCCUACCCGGUAAAAUCUUGUUUCGGCGGAGUCAUGUGAGGGACGUUGCCAUGAGACGAUUGCGGUACAUUGACGACUACUGCAGGGCACUGGUGCGACUGCCCCCACAGAUCUCCCAGAGUGAGGAGGUGCUCAGAUUCUUUGAGACCAAGGAGGAUGACCUGAAUCCCCCCAAAGAGGACUAUGGCGGCUCAAAGCGCAAAUCAGUAUGGAUGUACGGCCUCGCUGGCAGCCCCAGGAGGGAGGCUCCAGGAAUCGACAGUUCGGACCCCAUGGUGCUGGAGCAGUACAUAGUGGUGGCCAACUAUGAGAAGCAGGAGAACUCUGAGAUCAGCCUGCAGGCCGGGGAGCUGGUGGACGUGAUCGAGAAAAGUGAGAGUGGAUGGUGGUUUGUUAGCACAGCAGAGGAACAGGGCUGGGUUCCCGCCACGUAUCUCGACUCCCAGAGUGGUACACGUGAUGAUCUGGACCUUAGCACGUCAAGGACCGGAGAAGUCACUAAGCGGAGAAAAGCUCACCUGAAGAGGCUGGACCGGCGAUGGACGCUGGGGGGCAUUGUCAACCGACAGCAGAGUCGAGAGGAGAAGUAUAUCACUGUGCAGCCUUACAACAGCCAGGGGAAGGAUGAGAUUGGGUUCGAAAAAGGGGUCACCGUGGAGGUCAUCCAAAAGAACCUGGAAGGUUGGUGGUACAUCAGGUAUCAGGGAAAAGAAGGAUGGGCGCCCGCCUCCUAUCUCAAGAAGCUAAAAGACGACUUCUCCCCCCGCAAGAAGACCCUGACGGGCCCUGUUGAGAUUAUUGGCAACAUCAUGGAGAUCAGUAACCUCCUCAACAAGAAGGCGGUGAGCGAGAAGGACGUGCAGACGGACCAUGAGCAAGAGGAGCCCCACGUCACCAAGAAGGAGAUCAGCCUCCCCAUCCCGUGCGAGGAGCCUGGCAGCAGCAGCGGUGGUGUGGGUGGCGGCGCCACCAUGCUGGACACCAAGGCAAAAGCAGAGCCGGGUUCCCCAGCCAUAGCCCGCAUCGCCCCUCACAGAGUGGAAAUUGGUUCUCCCAACCUCAGACAAAAGCCCCCCCCUCGAAGGGAAACCAGCCUGGGAUUUCAGUUACCCAAGCCACCCGAGCCCCCUACUGUUGAAGCGGAGUACUACACCAUUGCAGAGUUCCAGUCCUGUAUUUCUGAUGGCAUCAGCUUCCGUGGAGGACAAAAGGCUGAAGUUAUAGAAAAGAAUUCAGGUGGAUGGUGGUACGUGCAAAUUGGAGACAUGGAAGGCUGGGCUCCUUGCUCCUACAUUGAUAAAAGAAAAAAACCUAACCUAAGCAGACGGACCAGCACUCUGACCAGGCCCAAAGUCCCACCUCCUGCUCCACCAGUAAAGAAGCAGGACUCCGAGGAAGCUGUUCCACCCUGCAGUCCAGCCACCAAAGCUGCAGAGUCCCCAAGCAAGCCAGUCUACGAGGAACCCGAGUAUGAUGUCCCUGCCACUGGGCUUGAUUUGGAGGUUGAUCUGGAUUUGCUGAAGGAAGAGUCUUCCGUGGAUGCAAAACUUGAGGACACUACUUUAGAGAGAAACCCGCAGUCUUUCUCCAAGCAGCCCCCAGUAUCCCUUCUGCAGAGUGCCACGUUCAAGAUUGGGGAGUCUACUGAGGACAUUGCUAAAGAGGAGGAGUCCAUCUAUGAGAAUGACGGCUUUAGGCCAUACACUGAGGACGUGCCCUCUAGCAAGGAGUCGAGUGGUGACUCUGACUCCUCAAAGACCUCCUUCUCCACAGGCCGCAAACCCACAGGCUCCCGCAGUUUAUUGGGAAGUGGAAAAGCCGUGAGAAAAAUCCUGCCAGAGUUGAGCAGGGGUCAGUCCCUAACCAAAGCCGAGGAGGCCAGCACCAGGUCUUCCUCUGAUGAGUCCACCCGGGGGUCAACCAAGCAGCCUGAGACCAAGAAAGAUGUGGAACCAAAAACAGGCCAAAGCCCAUCCACCAAACCAAAACCUGUGGUAAGACCCAAACCACUUUUGGCAAAGUCAGAGCCUCAGAGUCCAGAGAAAAUGGACAUCAGCACCUUGCGACGCCAGCUCCGGCCCACUGGACAACUGAAGCAUGGUUUGAAGGCCUCCAGAGGUGAGGACUCAGAAACCGCUUCCGUUGUUUCUUCCGAAGACUCUGUCUCAUCCUGGAGCACGUCUGACUUGUCCAGCAUCUACUCAAAAGGAAGCAGGGGAGACUCGGAUUUUGAAACAUCUUUCUACCGUACCACAGACGCCUAUGAGAAAGUGCAGGAUUCUGAAAUCAGCUUCCCGGCAGGGGUCGAGGUCGAGGUGCUGGAGAAGCAGGAGAGCGGCUGGUGGUACGUUCGAUGGGGGGACACAGAGGGCUGGGCUCCCACCUACUACCUGGAGCCUCUCCGGGCACAGUCUGACACAGCUGGUUCUGAGUCAGAUGGUGUUGCAUCCAAGCCAGGGAGCGUGAGCAAGUCCAACAGCCUGGAGAAGAAUGAGCAGAGGGUACAGGCCCUCAAUAACAUAAACCAAAACAUGAGGAGGGUCACCCCGCCCAUUCCAUCCAAGCCGCCAGGGGGCUUUGGCAAACCCACCGGGAUGGUCAAUGGCUCAGUGAAGAUGAGGAACGGGGUGCGGCAGCUUGCUGUGAGGCCCCAGUCUGUGUUUGUGUCAGCACCCGUCAAAGACACCAAUGUCCAUACAGGUUCCCUCCGGAGGAACGAGUCCCUCAACUCCACUGACCAGCUGAAGUCCGGCACGACCGUGCGCCGCAACUCCUCCUUCAGUGUCGUGCGCCCCCAGGUGGCCGACACUAGGCUGCAGCAACCGGACAAGGUGGGUAUGGGCAGCACGGAGACCUUGAGCAGGGUCACCCAGCGCAAUGGAAUCCCCGUCUCCACAGUGAAACCCAAACCCAUAGAGAAAUCCCACCUCAUACACAACAACCUCAAAGAAGUUUACAUCUCCAUAGCCGAUUACCGUGGAGACGAGGAGACAAUGGGUUUUUCUGAGGGAACCAGUUUGGAAGUCCUGGAGCGCAAUCCGAACGGAUGGUGGUACUGCCAGGUUCUUGAUGGCGGACGGCCUCAGAAGGGCUGGGUUCCUUCCAACUAUUUGGAAAGGAAAAAGUAACCUUGCAUUAAUUUGUAACAAACUGUACAUUUCUUGUCAUGUUGUGGGGUGGGGUGUGGGG